CGCUGCGAGCGAGUCUGCUGCCGGGCUCAGCGGAUCCGCUCGCCGAGCUCUUAGGCACCCGAGAAGCCGCGCCGGCUGCCGCCAAGGGAAGCCCGGGAGCUACUCUCCGGCCGCGCCGCGCCUCUUGUUCUUCCCCGCGCCGCCCGGAAAGGGCUCCCCGGACGGAGCUCGGCCGAGGCCGGGGUCGCCGCGAGUGGAGGAGGGGGAGGGGAGCGGGGCCGCGGGAAGGCGGGCUGCGCUGGGACGCCGAGCCAGGAAGCGGCGCGAUGCGAGAGCUAGCGGUGGCGGCGCGGCGCUGAGCCCCAGGACCCAGGAACUGCCGCCGGCCGCACAACGGAUCUGCAGGCGCCGAGCAAAAUGCACCCGCGGCGCCGAGCGGUCCUGCAGCCCCGUCGCGGCCCCGCGCCCCGCAGCCCCCCGGGGCGCCUGUGAGCGCCUCCCGCCACCACCGGGGCCCGAUCCGGAGGGCUCUCGGGUGGGAGGGGACGGGGCUACUGGUAACUGUGCCUUGCGAACAAGGAGCCGCCGUUCGAAACGAGAGCCGACCUUCUGCCACCAGCCGAGCACCAGCCAGAGGCACGCAUGGAUUUAUGAAAACACUCAUGCAAGAAGUUGGCAGGACUUGGGCAAACUUUUCCAACUGCUACGCGUCCGCUGCCACCCGCGCCUCGUCUUCUUUCCCCAACUCCUCGCCCGGCGGCCGCUGCUGCCCGCGAUGGUGGCAGGGCUGCUGGGCGGCGGCGGCGGGGCCCGCGGGGGAACUGUGCCGGGCGCCUGGCUGUGCCUGAUGGCGCUGUUGCAGCUGCUGGGCUCGGCGCCGCGGGGCUCGGGGCUGGCGCACGGCCGCCGCCUCAUCUGCUGGCAGGCGCUGCUGCAGUGCCAGGGGGAGCCGGAGUGCAGCUACGCCUACAACCAGUACGCCGAGGCGUGCGCGCCGGUGCUGGCGCAGCACGCCGGGGGCGACACGCCGGGGGCCGCCGCCGCCGCUGCCGCCGCCUUCCCGGCCUCGGCCGCCGCCUUCUCGUCGCGCUGGCGCUGCCCGAGCCACUGUAUCUCGGCCCUGAUUCAGCUCAACCACACGCGCCGCGGGCCCGCCCUGGAGGACUGUGACUGCGCACAGGACGAAAACUGCAAGUCCACCAAGCGCGCCAUUGAGCCGUGCCUGCCCCGGACGAGCAGCGGUGGUGCGGGCGGCCCAGGCGCUGGCGGGGUCAUGGGCUGCACCGAGGCCCGGCGGCGCUGCGACCGCGACAGCCGCUGCAACCUGGCGCUCAGCCGCUACCUUACCUACUGCGGCAAACUCUUCAACGGGCUGCGCUGCACCGACGAGUGUCGCACAGUCAUCAAGGACAUGCUGGCCGUGCCGAAGGCGGCGCUGCUCAACGACUGCGUGUGCGACGGCCUCGAGCGGCCCAUCUGUGAGUCGGUCAAGGAGAACAUGGACCGUCUGUGCUUCGGUGCCGAGCUGGGAAACGGCCCGGGCAGCAGCGGCUCGGACGGGGGCCUGGACGACUACUACGACGAGGACUACGACGACGAGCAGCGCGCCGGGGGCGCCGGCGGCGAGCAGCCGCUGGACGACGACGACGGCGUCCCGCACCCGCCACGCCCGGGCGGCGGCGCUGCUGCGGCGGGCGGCCGUGGGGACCUGCCUUACGGGUCCGGGCGCAGUUGCGGCGGCGGCCGCUCGGCGCCCCGAGGCACCUGGACCCUGGUCGCCUCCAUCUUGCUGCUGUUGCUCGGGCCGCUCUUUUAGCCCUCGCGCCCCCCGCCGUCGACCGCGGGAGAGCCGGGUGCCCGCUGCCGCGCGCGCUCUCUGGCUAGCUCCCGCGCCGGGGCACCUGUGUUCCGGGCUUGCCGCACGGCUUGGGGACCGAUAGAGGAGCUGGUUGGGGAUGCUGCCCCAAACUUUUUCAAGGAACACUCUGCAUAGCUGGUCUCCACGCCACGACUCCUGGUACUUCUUCCCCCAUCUCCUCUCCUGAGCAGGGCUUCUUGGACAUCCUCCCCAUCCCCAUCCCCAGCUCCGAAAACUUCCAGCUCGCCUUCCCUGCAGAAACUGGCCUCGCUGUAGAUCUCAGGACGCCGGUGAUGAAAUGGGCGUGAGGGGCAGAACCGUGUCCCUGUAUUCUGAAGGAAAGGAUGCUGACCAGUGGGGGCUUAACAGUUUCAGUUCGUAAGGGACUGGGCAGGGGAUGCCAAGGAGGAUUUAGAUUGCAAAACGGUUGUCUGUUGCUUGGCAUUUUUCCUCGGAGGGGGGAAAAAGUGCCGGUAUUGAUUUUUUAUUGGUUGACUAGAGGUGGCUAGUGAGGACAUUGCAAUCGUUAAGUAAAUAAAGUUUCACCGAUCCAUUGAUUUACUCUUCGCAUCAGCGUCCAGAAUUCUCAGUCACUCUGCGGGUGGGGGUGGGGUCGUCUUGGGAAUGGGAAGGGAUUAAUAUUCCUAAAUUAGUUUUGGUUAACUUUGAGCCCUUGCCCUUAGUUUCAUUCCUAGCACUCUGAUCACUUAGCACAUUUCUUAGGAUUAAGGGUCAAUAAAUGCUGAUCUAAAGAGUUGUUUCUGGUAUGGAACAAUGCCACUUUUUAUUUAAAAGAGCUCUGCACUGUCAUCUAUGAAAGCCUCUUUAUGAUGUUUGUUUUGUUGUCGUUUUUAUUCUUUACAUUAAGAAAUUGUACAAAUAUGCGGAGGAAUUGUAUUGCCUCGGCACUUAUCGGGGUGCUAAACUCUGGUAAAUGGUAUAUAAAGUGUAUUUAAAACUGGGGUUUGUUACCAGUUGCUGUACUUUGUAUAUAAAACUUUUAUAAAUUGUAUGCUUCAGAAAUAAUUUAUUUUUAAAAAGAAAUUAAAAAGUUUUAAAUCCACAUCCAUGUUAUACCUCCCCCCCCCCCAUAUGUACAGAAUCCAUUUGUCAUCCGGGAUCCAGACUACAGCCCAUAGUGAAGUGUGCUCUAACUAGAACAGUCUUAAAUGUACAGUGUAUUUUAUAGAUUUGACGUUAACAUUCUUAUUUUCAAAAGAAUUUAUGGACAUUGUAGAAAUGUAUAAAUGCAUUUCCAAACUGCCUUAAACAUUGUAUUUUUAUAGACAUCGUUUAAAAAAAAAAGUUAUGUUUUAAAAUAA